AUGCAGGUCAGUAGGUAUGACAUCUCAAGUUCGGUCCGUCAAUGCCAACCCCAGGCCAGUUACCUUCACUCGCUCCAGCAAAAAGUCCAAAGCCUUCGGCUAGAGAUACAGCAGGCUACUGAUCCAACAAGCCUCGCCUCGACCGCGACCGCGACCGCUUACCAGGCCGAUGUGGUCCCUUUCUCUAGAGAGGGUUAUCACUUGCAGGUGGCCGACCCUGACGACCUCCCGACUCCUUCAGACACUGCUUAUCUGGGUCCUGGGAGCUCAGCUCGACUCGUUCAACGCUUCUUGACGACCUCGGCCAAUUGGCACAUCACCAACAACAUUCAGAUCCCAAGGCAUCUACUUCCGAACGGUCAAUCCCACUUGACCGGGCUUCAAGAGCCUCGAGUCGUAGUGCCUUCUUUUCCCAUCACCAAUGAACUGCGAAAGGUAGAGCUGCAUUCUCUGGUGCCGCCUUCAACACAACGAGCAAUCAUUGAGCAUUACUUGAAAAUUGUGGCCCCGGAAUACACCUUGCUUCCUGUCGAACAAGAGACCGCCUUGUUGAUACAUGAGAAUCCUCUAAAAUGGAUCAGCUCGAACAGGGACCAUCCUGCGGCAUCUUCGUUGACCAUCGUGUUUGCCAUCUCCACCGCACUCAUCACUCGGGAUCUUGACUCCAACCUGGCGAAUGUCUCCUUGCGAAACAAAGAGGAUAUCCAAAAACUAUCUCUCGGCGAUGCGGCGAGUCAGGCCCCCCCGAUCGCGACCAGUUGGACCUGCGCCGCUUUAUGUGCCCUCGCCUUGAUCGAGUUAAUCUGUCCAACAUCUGGCCAACUUUGGGACCUCCUGGGGAGAGCCGCAUCGACGAUGCAAGACCUGCAGGAAGGUUGUCUGCUUCGACGCUCGGAUCUAGACGCGGAUUUGCGAAGACUGGAGCGUGCCCUGCUCAAACUAGAGAGCUUGGCUACGAUGCAUUUUGGACGUCCUUCGUUAUUCUUCGACACUCAGAUACAGCUCCAUCUCGAAGACCUCCCCACGCCGAAUUUGCUUUCAGACGAGCUCUACAUCGCAAGUUGUCUGCACAGCAUUGCGCGUGCGCUGACGACCGUGCCUGUCCCAACCGAAACGUUUCUCGAGGCUCUAAUCCCCUAUCCUCUCCAAGUCAAGUCCCUUGGCUCUGAGAUUGAUUUGUCUUCGGCAACGCUCUACACAGCUUUAAAUCCACUUUUCACCGACCCGGACAGGUUCGCUGGGGUUGGCAUCCUGAACAUGGCAUCCCCAAGAGUGGUUCACGUAAUUGCCAAAUCCGCCUCUGUCAUCAUUGAUCACUUCACUCUGCUCAACGAAAAAAAUUCGAUCAUCAGCAUUUGGCUGGCUGCUGAGCGAGUUCUCGAGGCCGGUACCGUGUGGGCGGCCAGUCUAGUCCACCAACAACGUUGGGCAGGCCCAAGACCACAACAUCUCUCUGCCACAGGGACUGAUGUGGCCCUGAGUCCAAUUGUCAAGGUAUCCAGUCUUCUGGCUUCAUUUGCAGCGCGGUGGAAGGCCGGGUCCGUAUACGUGAGUACCUGGGAAAUCGUGGUUGAAUCCCUUUGGAAAAUGGUGUGA